CCGGAGGGCGCCCCGGCCCCGCGGGCGUGGCGGGCGGGGGGGCUGCCCUCCGCCCUCCGGGGAGAUAAAGAGCGGCGGCCGCAGCCCGCCCGCGUCUCUCGGCGCCGCCGGCAGCAUGACGGCCAUCGGGGCGCAGGUGCAGCAGCUGCUGGCACACCGGAGACCACAGAAAUCCUUCUUUGAGACGCUCAUCAGGAGCCUGAUCAUCCUGUGCGUGGCGAUAGCCGUGGUCUUGUCGUCCAUCUCCAUCUGCGAUGGCCGCUGGCUCUUUGCGAGGGGGCAGCUCUUCGGACUGUGGCACUUCUGCACCGUUAGCAACGACAGCGUCCUGAAGUGUGUCACAGACCUCAGCCUGGCCCAGGUGGAGGGGCUGAGCGUGGGGGUGAUUCCCAUCAGGAGCAUGGUGUCCUUUGCUGUUGUGGUUGCCAUAUUUGGGUUGGAGCUGCUGAUGGUGUCCCAAGUCUGCGAUGAUGCCAAUGCAAGGCGGAAAUGGGCAAUGGGUUCUGUUCUCAUCCUCAUCUCUUUUUUGCUGUCAGCCACUGGUGUUCUGAGCUUCUCCAUCCUGGUGAAGGAUCACCUCACCUUCACAGGCUUCACACUGACAUACUGGUGUGAGUUCAUUGCUGCCUUUCUCUUCUUCCUUAACGGAAUCAGUGGACUUCACAUCAACAGCCUCACACACCUCAGGAAUGGGGUCGGCAAAAUCUAGGCUCAAAGGAUGUACCUCUGCCUUUGUGUAAUCAGCUUUGCCAAUUAGACUGGAAGAAAGAGAGUCUAAUGAAGUUUGAAAAGGCUGCCCUGUCUUAAUUUGUGUGCAAGGAGGGGAAGCAUGAGUCAGUCUUGAUGCCUAAAGAAGAUGUACCCACCCACUGGCCAGCAUGGAGAGCUGAGCAACACCAGCCAAGCAGUGACUGGGACUGACUGCUACUGCAAUAUGGUUUUCUGGAGGAGUGGAUUAAAGCAGAGGGUGUACUGCUAAACGUGCAGAGAUUUGGAAGACUGCAGUCUAUCCCACAUGUUGAGCUGAGGCUUGCACAACACCGGUGUUGCUGUGCUUUUCCCCAUAUUCUGGAGCCUGUGAAGAGUGUGAUACAGCUUUGGUGUGUCUCAUGGGUUUGUUCUGGCCCAGGGACAGAUGAUUUCUGCCUGGCCAUGUUCACUGGUGUGGAGUAUUGAAACUCUUCACUGGAUCUUACUCCUUCAUUUUUCUUUCAAAAGAGAAGGCACACAGAACUUGAUCUGGUCACAGGUUUUGUUUCCUUUGGGCACGUUCCCUUUAUCUGUUCUUUUCUUGGUCAGUUUUUUGGGACCACUUCAAACAGAGCUGCUGACCUGGGGCCAGGGGUAGGUGUUGGGUGAUGCAGGUGUAGAGGGAAGGGAUGUGACGCUUUCCUCAGGCAGUAGUGCACAUUGUUUGUGGUAUACAGGUGUUUGUGGCCUCUCCCCAGUGUCACCACUCUCCUGCCACCCCUGAAGGACACGUGCCAACUGGUCAACCAAACUGGCUCUCUCACAACCCUUGCACAGUUUACGGUAACAGGGCAUUGCUCUAGGAUUUUUUUUCUUUUUUUUCUUUUUUUUUUUUCUUUUUUUUCUUUU